CAGUCAGAUCUUGGCCAGCCAGCGAGGAGGACCGCCGCCUCCAUAUAACACCAGACAAAAACAAACACACAUAGCUGAAAUAGCAACCCCCCGCCAGACGAAGUCCACCUGUUCCAUCGGAUUAGGCGAUAAGAGGGCCCAUAAACACAGAGAUCUGGUUACGUAAACAGAAAACAAAGAACCGAACCCCGGGAAUAUGGAGGUACCACCACCGCUCGUCCUCAAGCGACCGCUAUAUGUGCCCAGCAAGACGCUGAUGGGUCCGGGACCCUCAAACUGCUCCCAUCGCGUCCUGGAGGCCAUGAGCAAUCCGGUUCUGGGCCACAUGCAUCCCGAGUGCCUGCAGAUCAUGGACGAGGUGAAGGAGGGCAUCAAGUACAUCUUCCAGACCCUGAACGACGCCACCAUGUGCAUCAGUGGAGCUGGCCACUCGGGCAUGGAGGCCUCCCUGUGCAACCUGAUCGAGGAUGGCGACGUUGUGCUCAUGGGCAUCACGGGUGUUUGGGGCCAUCGUGCCGGCGACAUGGCCCGGCGCUACGGAGCCGAAGUGCACUACGUGGAGGCGAGUUUCGGCAGGGCCCUCAGCCUAGAGGAGAUCACAUUUGCCUUCGAGGCCCAUCGACCUCGGGUCUUCUUCAUCGCCCAGGGCGAUUCCUCGACAGGGAUUUACCAGCAGAAUAUUCGCGAAUUGGGUGAGCUGUGCCGGAAAUACGAUUGCUUCCUUGUGGUGGACACGGUGGCCUCUCUGGGUGGCACCGAGUUCCUAAUGGACGAGUGGAAGGUGGAUGUGGCAUACACCGGUUCCCAGAAAUCCCUCGGUGGUCCCGCCGGCAUCACGCCCAUUUCGUUCAGCAAACGCGCUCUAACCCGCAUCCGGAAGAGGAAGACCAAGCCGAAGGUGUACUACUUCGAUAUCCUGCUGAUUGGCCAGUACUGGGGUUGCUACGGCACCCCAAGGAUCUAUCAUCACACCAUUUCAUCCACUUUGCUGUACGGUCUACGCGAGGCACUGGCCCACUUUUGUGCCGUGGGCUUGAGGGCGGUGGUCCGGCGGCAUCAGGAGUGCUCCAAGCGGCUGCAGUUGGGCAUCGAGGAGCUGGGCCUGGAGAUGUUUGUCCAGCGGGAGGAGGAGCGCUUGUCCACGGUGAACACGAUCAAAGUACCCUUCGGCGUGGACUGGAAAAAGGUGGCCGAAUACGCCAUGCGCAAGUACAGCGUGGAGAUCAGCGGCGGACUGGGACCCACCGUGGAGCACGUCUUUCGGAUCGGUUUGAUGGGCGAGAACGCCACCGUAGAGCGCGUGGAUAUGGUGCUCAGCAUCCUGAACGAGGCCAUCCAGAGCAGCAAGUUGGGGAUCAAGACGGAACGCUCAAAAAUAUAAUCACCCCUAGAUGUAGGCCCUUGUUUUUAUUGGUUUUUAAAUAAAAUAUAAAAAUUAACGUUUGAA